UAUCUUUGUUGAUACAACAACGGGGAAAGAGUAACUAACUAAAAGUGCAGAGGAUUAGUAGGUGCAAAUGGAGAUAUUAGCUGCAACAAAGAAGCUUAAACAUUUGGCUUUGGCUGAAGAAACAGAACUGAUUGGAUCUGGAGCAUACGACGAAAUCAUCAACACAGUUGAGUCUAUGAUGAAUUUGCAAAUAACAGAUACGGAGCGAGUGAAGGAAAUUGAAGAGCUAGUCUAUAGCAUUGAGCAUGUGAUCCAAACUUAUGGCGUUUCCAAGAGACAUCGCGCUGCUUCCCAGAAACAGGCCAAGUCUGAGAUCACUACUUUGUGUACAAAGAUCAAACAAUUUGCUUCACCUCAUCAUGUCGUGCACAUGCACUACAACAUCAACCAACAAUUGAUCACGCAAAACAACAACUUUGUGUACAAGCAUGAAGACGGUGUACCUGUUGGAUUGGAUGAAGAAAAAGACCUGAUUAUACAGGUUUUGUUAGCUGAUGGUUCAAAAGUACUCGACUUCCUAGCAAUUUCCAUAUGGGGACAUAGUGGCACUGGAAAGAUGAUUCUUGCUAAUGAAAUAUACAAGGACACUCGAAUUGUUGAUGAGUUCAGACAUCAUCGGGUCAAGAUUCGUGUAUCUGAUAACAUCAAUCCCCAUGAUGCACUUCUACAUGUUCUUAAAUCAUUUGAAGAUCAUGUAGAUGAUAGGUAUGCUGCAAUGCCCACAAUAAAUUUGGAAAAAUGUGUCAGCCAACAUCUCCAAGAGUCGAGGACGUUGAUUGUUCUAGAAGACGUACGAUCAAUUGAUGAUUGGCGGAUGUUGCCUUCUGUCCUGAGAGCUAAAGAUUGCAGAAUACUGUUUACGACUCGAGCAAGAGAAGUAGCAGAAAGUAUAACUCACACAGUGUAUAUUCAUCAAAAGAGGCCUUUAAAUGUAGUAAACAGCUGGACGUUGCUUAAGAAUAUAGUUUGGCCUGAAAUGGAUCCAGGAGCUGAAAUCGAACCAGCAAAGGAGAGAAUGGGUACGCAAAUGGUAAAACUGUGUGAAGGUAUACCGGGGGCGAUUGUUGCACUUGCGAAACAGUUAAAAGGAAAGAAUCCAAGUGAGUGGGAGACGGUGCAGAAAAAUGCCCGACGAUAUCUUUCCCAAGUUAUGGCUCCAAGUUAUGGCGAGUUGUUGGACGAUCAAAAACUAUAUUUUCUUUACUUGGGGCAUUUUAGAGAAGAUCCACAGAUAGAACCAGAGAAGUUGUCUCAUUUAUGGGAACUUGAAGGUUUGAUAUCAUCGCAGAGUUAUGGAAGUGAGAUGACAACUUUUGACAUAACACAAGAACGGUUGAUGGUUCUAGAUCAGAAGCGAAUGAUAGACGUGAGACAGAUAAUAGAGGUGAUCAAGUCUUGCAGCCUUGUAGGAUUAAUGGGAGAUAUGUGCCUGUCAAAAGCGGAAGAGACAGGUUUUCUCAAGGUCUUGGAUUUACAAAUGAGUACUGGAGAUCAUAAUCAACCUUCCUUUUCUUAUAGCAAGACACGUAGGCUCGUGAUUUAUCUAGGGAAGUAUGAUGCUCGAGUUACACCGGAGUUAGCUCCAAACCUUUGGAGUCUUCGAAUCAUCAGAGUACAUAAUCAUCAACAACUAGAGGAGUUUGUAUGGCCAUCCAUAAUAAUGUCAAAUAUCAAGAAAUUCAAGGGGUUAAGGAUUCUUGAUUUUGGGAGGGUAGACUUUCCAAAAGGGAAACUCCCCGGAGGCAUUUUUGAUCUACCAUUCUUGAGGUAUCUGAGUUUCGAAGGAUGCUUCCUGACGGAGUUACCCUCGUCUAUCAGCAACUUGUCAUACUUGCAAGUCCUUGAUUUGAGAAUCAAAGAUACUUGCAACAUUAUCUUACCAGACGUGUUGCAGAAAAUGGGAAGGUUGCAACAUUUGUAUCUUCCACGAGCAUUCCAAUCUCAAAAUAAGAAAAAACUCCGACUUGAUGGAUUGGCAAAGCUUCAGACACUGAAGAACUUCAACUCCAAGUUGUGUGAAAUACACGAUCUCUUCAAAUUGAAAAAACUCCAGAACAUAGAUGCAAAGGUUGAAGGGAGUCUUGAGGAUCUCAAGUCAAUAACUGACCUUAUGAAAAAUACUGAUCAUGACCAAAUGUGGCUUCGUUCCUCCAUCGAAGUUAAAAACUUCGAUUGUUAUACAGAAACAAAGCAUAUUGUCUUUCGUGAGUUAUUAAAAUCCGGGGUUCCACCAAUACUGUCUUUUCAGGGUCAUAUUGGCCAACUACCACCACACGAUGAUAUCUCUCAAAGUUUCACGGAGAUUGUCCUUCAUAGCACUCAACUCGUGAUAGAUCCAAUGACAACACUAGAGAAGCUUGUCAAGCUAAGGCUUCUAGUGCUCGACGAUGAUGCUUUCCAAGGGGAAAAGAUGGUAUGUUCUGCUGCGGGUUUUCCAGAGCUCAAACACUUGCAACUCUCAAGAUUAUUCAACUUCAAGGAAUGGAAGGUGGAAAUGUUAGCCAUGCCAAGGCUUUCUCAUCUCAAAAUUGAACACUGCAAUAAACUGGAAACGCUCCCAGAUAAUUCAGAAUUUCUCGACUCUCUUCACGAAUUCAAGAUGAUAAAGAUGCCUAAACCAUUUACUCAAAAGGUUUCUCAGAGAUACGAAAACGUCAAGUCUACGCCUUCUCUCAUAAUACUUGAUUGAUUAUCAACUUAAAAUUUAAUCUUUUCAAAUGUCUUGUGCUUGAUGUACAAAUGAACAUCUCUUGUACAUAAAAUUAGAAACAAGUUUCUUCUUGUACCCAACUCACUUCUUCUUGUAGGUUUA